GCCACGGGUGGUGGGACGGGGAUGGGUAUAAGAUUUUUAGGCGGAUAUGGAUAUGAAGGUACCAUCAUCCGCAUCCGACCCGUCCCGCGCCAUUGCCAUCCCUAAUCCAAAUUGAUAUUUCCAUCACAUCAAAUAAAAAAAAAAGAGAUAUUCCACAUUUUGGCAAUGCCCAAGAAUUUAAAAAGUAAAAAAAGAAGGAAAAAAAUCUGCUGCCCAAUGAUGAAUUGCUUCUGCAACUUUUGAACUUCCUACAUAACCGCAUUAUUCAACCAAUAUUAUCUUGAAGCUUCUUCAUCACGGUUUAUUAUUAUUCUAUACAACGUUACUGUAUGCUCUACUCCGUUCUCCGUAAUACACUACUCUCACUUUCUCUCUCACUACACUAUCAUCCCACGAAAUUACUGCACUCUUCCUACUUCAUAUUACCCUGUUAAUGAUCAGAGUAUAUGAUUAUUACUUUUAAUCUUUGUUUAUUUGUAUGAAACAUUAGGAUCAUUUCUUGUGAAAUUUUGAAAUUUUUAGGGUUCCGAUUUUUUUUUAUUUUGGUCAAAAUUUGGAUAAAUCAUGUCAGUAUCGGAGAAUACUACGAACGAUUUAAGGGUUGCAAGAAUGUUGAUGAAGAAAAUUGGCGAAACUUUUCAGGAUUUCCAGUCACAUUCCUUCUCAAUUCUUACACUCGGCGAGCAAUGGCGAAGUUUACAGAACUCACUCGGAACGAUUCACAACUCGGUGGAGGAGCGAGUCAAGGCGGUUGAGUCAAAGGAGAGAGAAAUUGACAUGAACAUGAUUAGAUUGCAGAAUUUCAAGAAGGAAGUUGAAGUGCGGCAGAAAAAGUUGGAGAUUGAGGAGAAUUUGCUGAAACAGAGGAUUGAAGGUGUGGAGAUGAGAGAGAAGCAGGUUAAGGAGUGGUGUGAGUGUUUGGAGUUGCAGAGGAGAGAGAUUGCUGAGCGUGUUGAGAAGGUGGAGGUUUGCGAGAAGCGAUUUGCUGAGAGUUUUGAGCGUAUUAAGGCGCUGGAUGUUGCGGAGGCGAGGGUUUCGGAGCGGCGGAAGGCGGUGGAGGAGAGAGAAAAUGAGGUGGAGGAGCGGCGGAGAGUGGUGGAGGAGAGAGAGAGGGAGUGUUGUGUGAGGGAGAAGGAGGCGAAGGCGGCGGUGGAGGAGGUGGGAUUGAGGGAGGUAAUGAUGAUUGAGAGAGGGGAUGGAUUGGAUGAGAGGGAGAAGAAAUUGAAGGAAUUUUCGGAAGAAUUGAAUAGGAGGUUUGUUUUGAUGGAAGAAAAGGAGGAUGAAUUGGGGUUGACAGAGAAGGAAAUUGAUGAAUUGUUCAGUGCUGUUAGAUUGAGGGAGAAGGAGAUUAAUGAAGUGAGUAGAAUGUUGGUGUCUAAAGAGAAGGGAUUGGGAUUGAAGGAGGUAGAAGUUGGGGAACGAUGGAAGGAGUUCGAGGCGAAGGAGAAGGAGAUUGAUGAACGUUGUGAAGUGUUGGAGGGUAAAGAGAAGCGAAUUUUGGGAUGUGAGGAAGAUAUGGAGUUGAAAAAGAAGGAGAUUGAUGCGCAUUUUGUGGGGUUAGAGGCUAAAGAGGAGCGAAUUCGGGAGUGUGAAGAGGUUGUGGAGUUGAAAAAGAAGAGGAUUGAUGAUCGGUUUGAAGUGUUGGAGGCUAAAGAGAAAGGAAUUCAGGAGCGUGAAGAAAGUAUUGAGUUGAAAGAGAAGGAGGUCGAUGAGCGUUGUAAAGCAAUGGAGAUGAAAGAGAGGCAAAUUCAGGAGCAUAAAGAAGCUAUGGAGUUGAAAAUGAAGGAGAUGGGUGAGCGUUGCAAGGUGUUGGAGAUGAAAGAGGAGCGAAUUCAGGAACAUAAAGAAGAUAUGGAGUUGAAAAUGAAGGAGUUGGAUGAGCGUUGUGAGGUGUUAGAGAUUAAAGAGAAGCGAAUUCAGGAGCAUGAGGAAGCUCUGAAGGUGAUAGAGAAGGGGGUUGAUGAUCGUUUUGGAGUGUUAAAGGCUAGAGAAGAGCGAAUUCAGGAGCAUGAAGAAGCUAUGGAGUUGAAAAUGAAGGAGAUGGAUAAGCAUCGUGAAUUAUUAGAGGGUGAGGAAGGUAUGAAGAUGAAAGAGAAGGAGAUUGAUGAUCGAUUUGAAGUGUUACUUGGUAAAGAAAAGGAAAUUCAAGAGCUUAAAGAAGCUGUGGAGUUUAAAGAGAACGAGAUUAAUGAUCGUUUAGAAGUGUUAGAGGCUAAAGAAAAGCAAACUCGGGAGUGGGAGUUGAAAGAGAAGGAGACUGUUGAGCGUUGUGAAAUGUUAGAAGUUAAAGAGAAGCAAAUUAGGGAGUGUGAGGAAGAUAUGGAGUUGAAAGAGAAGGAAAUGGAUUCGCGAAAGAGGUGGCUUGAGAUUAGUGAGAAAGAUGUAACCAAGCAAUGUCAAUCAGUGGAUGCAAAAGAGAAGCGAUUGAGUAAGCAAAGUAAGGUGUUGGAGUCGAAAGAGAGGCAGAUGAAUGAGCAGUGUGAAGUGUUGAAGUUGAAGGAGGAGCAAAUAAAGGAAAGCUGUGAAAAGUUGGAAUUGAAAGAGAAAGAAAUAAAAGAACUUUCACAAGCUCAGGAUUUAAAGGCGAAAGAAUUUGACAAUCGUUUUAAAGAAAUGGAGUCGAAAGAGGAGGAGAUGAAUGCGCGUUGGAGGUGGCUUGAGAGUAGUGAGAAAGACUUUGAAAAUCAAUGCCAAUUUGUAGAAGUGAAAGAGAAGCAAUUGAGUGAACAAAGUAAGGCCUUGGAUUCGAAAGAGAAACAAGUUAUGGAACUUUGCCCACAAGUAGAAGUGAAAGUAAACGAAGAUUUGAAAUUCAAGGAAAAGGAACUUAAUGAGCGUUAUGAACAAAUGGAACUGAAGGAAAAGGAGAUUAAAGAGCGUUAUCAAGCAUUGGAGACCAAAGACAAGCAAAUCACAGAGCGUCGUAAAGCAUUGGCUUUGACGGAAACUCGAAUUGAUAGUCGCAGCAUGGGCCUACAGUUUGAAGAGAAAUUAAUCAAGGAACGAUGGCGAAAAUUGGAACUCAAAAAGAAGCAAACUAAUGAGUCUGGCCAACAGGAGGAGUUACUAAAGAAGGAAAGUGAUGAGAAAUGUAUACUAUCUCGUUGUCAAUCACUAGAGCAAAAAGAGACGGAGAUUGUAAGCAGCAACUUCAAUCAAGUCAGUAAGGAGUUACCUGAUUCAAAAACCGCCAUAGCAGAAAAUGUUUUAGCUCCUUCCUCACCGGAAAUUGGUGCUGAGAUUCCCUCAUUGUGCAAAAAUAUGGACGUGGAUGGUGUGAGAUUAUGUCUAGUUAAGCAUGUGAAGGAGCUUAGUAUCUUGCAUGACAGUAUAUUGAGUGCGCUAAGGUGUGCACCUGAUCCUGGAAAGCUUGUUUUUGGUGUCUUAAAAACUUUAUACCAAUAUAAACUUCAAACCCAAGCUAGUAAAACUAGCUGCAUAUUUUUGUUGGAACUGUUGAUGGAAUUAUCACCACCAAUUACACCUGAGUUGAAAAAUGAAGCAAAAAGUAUUGCUGCUCUUUUAAAAACUAAGUUGGAGGGGAGUAAUUCUGUUAAAGACCAUUUUAAGUUCUUUCAAUUGUUAGCUAAGUUUAAACUAGCUAAAAUUUUCAAUGAUAAAGAGCUUCUCUCACUUUUUACAAUUUUUUAUGAUGGCAAUGAUGACUACAUCUACCGCUGUGAGGAGAACCUAAAUUUAUGCCGUGCUUUGGGACUUUCCAAGAAGAUCCCAGAACACAUCAGAUUUCUUAUUAAGAGUAAGAAGUGGCUUUUGGCAAUCAAGUUCAUCUGCGUUUUUAAGCUGGAAUACACUUUUCCACCAGUACCUCUGCUGGAAGAUCACUUGGAAUUUUUGAAGCAAAGAGUGAAUGAGAUCCAAAAGGAUGGAACUAAUCAAUCAAAGAUUGAAGCUGAAUCCAUGGAAUUAAAGAGUCUCCUAGAUGUAGUUAAAUGCAUUACAUAUUUUAAGCUCGAGUCGAAAUUUCCACUUGAUUCCCUUUCAUCACGCAUCGUGGAAUUGGAAAAGGAGAAAGUAAGUAGAAAACGCAACGCAGGCAAUCGGGCUUCAAGAGAGCUAGAAAAGAGAGUUCGGGCAGAGAAUUAA